GAAUAUCACCGUUAAUAAUAACAAAAUAAAUCAUAUCAAGAAUUCUUCAGUAGUAGCUGAGCAAAAAAAAAAUUUCUUCAGUAGUAGUUAGGACUCCUGCCUUUUGUUAAUGGAUUCAAAAAAAUGUUGAUUGAACUACAAAUGAGAAAUUGUGCCUGCUAAAUUAAUUACGUAAAAAAAUGCUAGUGAUGACAUUGGUUGCCGACUGAGAUAAAAAGGACAAGAGAGUUAAUUUAAUGGAUAUUCUUCACCUUCAAGAUUGGAAUGAUCGCCAUUCUUCUAUUUGAUGUUACCAUAAAAUUCUGCAUGAGGCGACAAGCCGACCUUAGAGCCAGGACUGCUGCUGAAACGCUCCACUUUAUCUAAGAAUGUGCAGUUCAAAUAUAUACUUAAAACUCAUCAGGUGAAAGCCUGGAUUCAAGAGAUAAAGAGAAAUGAAGCACAGAAUUCUAGUGUCUCUGCUAUCCCUCUUCAUUUCGCAGGCUAUUUCAGAUUCAAUCCAUGGUGAUUUUACACGGUGUAUGUCAACCCAGUUUAGAGACUACACUCGAAGCUUCGAAAUCAUCUUCACCUCAGAUUCCCCUUUAUAUUCAUCUAUUUUGCAGUCUACUUUACAAAACAUGAGAUGGUUGAAUUCCUCAACCUCAACACCUCUUCUCAUAAUCACACCCUUCCAUGAGUCUGAAAUCCAAGCAGCCCUUGUUUGUAGCAAAAAGCUUGGUUUGCAAAUCAGGGUCCGAAGUGGUGGCCAUGACUAUGAAGGCCUAUCAUACUCAUGCAAGACCCCAUUUAUCAUCAUUGAUCUUACCAACCUUCGAGCAAUAGAAAUCAAUGUUGAGGAAGAAACCGUUUGGGUUCAGUCUGGGGCGACUCUUGGCGAGCUUUACUAUGCCAUAGGCAAGAAAAGUAGCAUCCAUGCAUUCCCUGCUGGACUCUGCCCUACUGUGGGGGUUGGUGGACACUUCAGUGGAGGUGGUUUAGGGAACUUGAUGAGGAAGUAUGGCCUUGCAGCAGAUAAUGUCCUAGAUGCUUACUUGAUGGAUGUCAAUGGACGAAUUUUGGACAGAAAAGCCAUGGGUGAGAACCUGUUUUGGGCAAUUAGAGGAGGUGGCGGUGCAAGCUUCGGGAUCAUACUUUCUUGGAAAAUCAGGCUUGUUCGAGUUCCACAGACAGUGACAGCUUUUACCAUUUCAAAAACAAUAGAACAAGGUGCCACAAAGCUGGUGCAUAGGUGGCAAUACAUUGCUGAUAAAUUACCUGAAGAUCUGUUCAUCAGGGUCAUCAUUCAAGAUGUCCAAGGAAGUGGCCACAGAAAUAACAAAACCAUCCAAGCUUCUUUCAACUCACUAUUUCUUGGAGAAAUUGACAGACUUAUACCAUUUAUGAAUGAAAGCUUCCCUGAGCUUGGAUUGCUGGCUGAGGACUGCAUUCAAAUGAGUUGGGUUGAAUCCACCCUCUAUUUUGCAGGAUUCCAGCAAGGGCAGCCCCUAGAGGUCCUGUUAGACAAAACUCAACCAUAUAAGAGCAGUUUUAAGGCGAAAUCAGAUUUUGUUAGGGAACCAAUACCUGAAGAAGGACUAGAAGGAAUAUGGAAGAUGUUUUUGGCUGAAGAGAUGGUUUUCAUGAUAAUGGAUCCCUUUGGUGGAAAGACGAAUACAAUUCCCGUAUCUUCAGUACCUUUUCCCCACAGAAAGGAGAAUUUGUACAAUAUACAGUACAUAGUGAAAUGGCAAGUCAACGAUGUUAAGGCUUCCCACAAGCAUAUACACUGGAUCAGGAUGUUAUAUGAAUACAUGAGCCCAUAUGUUUCAAAAGGUCCAAGGGCUGCCUAUCUUAACUACAGGGAUCUGGACUUGGGAACCAACAGCCAGGGCAGCACAAGCUAUGCAGAGGCAAGUGAAUGGGGCAAAAAGUACUUCAAGGGUAACUUCAAGAGACUGGCAAGGGUGAAAAGCAUGACAGAUCCACACAAUUUUUUUAGAAAUGAACAGAGCAUUCCACCUCUUCCCACACCUGGGAAAAAGAAGUACAAAUAAAUAAAUGUUUCUGAAACUCUCUCUAGUACUGUCCCUCUAUAUCAAUUAGAGUUUCUAAGUUCUAACCAAGACACGAUUUCUUCAACACAAUGAUGAAAAUUUCCCAGGAUUUCAAGUUUCUUGUUUUCUUUGGUUACCAAAGAGAAUGUCACAGCUUCAAACGAGAAAAUUUCAGGAACCAGUCUCUGUGGACUGCUAAAUAUAAAAGGAUACAAGGAGCAGAUAAAGAGUCAUCGCAUUGUGUUAAUAAGUUUUUGCUGCUUAUCACUUCCAUUUCCAAUGAGAUUUUUCCCAAUACAAAAACGUUGGGGGGGUUUUUUUUAUGUAUUAUCUCCAUUCCUCCAAAGUAUGAAAUAUGGCGAGAAGCAAUCAUUUAACUGAUAAACUUUUCCCAUGCCAUUUAAUAAGUUUCUACUAUUUUAUUGCUACUACCAUUCAUAAUUGAAACACUUCUUUUGUGAUUUUAAAAC